GAAAUCAUGAAUCCUGUGUAUAGCCCUGGAUCUUCUGGGGUUCCCUAUGCAAAUGCCAAAGGAAUUGGUUAUCCAGCUGGCUUCCCCAUGGGCUAUGCAGCGGCUGCUCCUGCCUAUUCCCCUAAUAUGUAUCCUGGAGCAAAUCCUACCUUCCAAACAGGUUAUACACCAGGAACCCCAUAUAAAGUAUCUUGUUCACCCACUAGUGGAGCAGUGCCACCGUAUUCAUCAUCACCGAAUCCCUAUCAGACUGCUGUGUACCCAGUUCGAAGUGCCUAUCCACAGCAGAAUCCAUAUGCACAGCAAGGCACUUACUACACACAGCCUUUAUAUGCAGCACCACCCCACGUAAUCCACCACACCACAGUUGUGCAGCCUAAUGGCAUGCCAGCAACUAUGUAUCCUGCUCCAAUUCCACCACCAAGAGGAAACGGUGUGACUAUGGGGAUGGUGGCUGGGACUACUAUGGCAAUGUCAGCAGGUACUUUGUUGACAACUCAUUCCCCAACUCCAGUAGCCCCUCAUCCAGUUACUAUGCCCACGUACCGGGCUCCGGGAACACCAACCUAUAGUUAUGUGCCCCCACAGUGGUGAUCAUCUGGCAGUCAGUGUUUGAAGAUGGGAGAUAUGCAAUCAAGAAAUUGAGGUUUAAAAGUUGGUGCUGAAGCCCUCAUGCCUCCAACCAGGACUUUCCUUCUGAAUGCUUUCAACACUUGGCUAAACACUACUAAUUCCUGAUCACUGAAGAUUUUCCAGUGCUGCAUAUCUUACAUCUUGGAACUCCAGCAGUUAGUCUUAAAGCAAAUCCUGUUUUGUGGACUGUCUUGCAAUUUUCUAGCUAAUUAUAAAGAUAAAAAGGGAGUAUAAAUUUAUUCUGAUCCAUAUCUAGUUGAAUGCAUGUUAAAACACAAAAACAAAGCUUGCUCAAUCUACCUGCAGUGACUGAUGCAAAAACCAUCAUAUGCAAAUCCAAAGGAACCGAAAAGUAUUUUACAACUUGUAUCACUAAUGCACUGUUGUAAUAUAUGCAGGGUCUUAAGAGGUAGAAUCAUGAGUUUCUUUAUAGAAUACCAUAAUAUACAUUAGGUAAGUGCAUCAGCCUUUUUCAGGUUGAUGGAGUUGCCAGUUUAAAAGGGGCAUAUUUUUAUUUAAGUGAUGUAUUCUUUUCAAAUUCAACUACUAAAUUGGAGUGACUGGAAAAUGAGUCAGACAAGCUGUAGAAAUCCCGCACACAGUUAGUUUACUUCAUACCUUUUCAUUUUCAUUGUAUGGGUUCAGUGUUAUACAGAUGUUCUUAAGGAUCAGAAUG